CUUGGGAAUCCGGUUGAUGGCAAACUAGAGCAUCAUUGGAUCUAGACUCCCCAUGGAGCUCAUCUGAAGAAUAAUUGAUCCCUAAUAAGCCUACACUCUAAGACGGACAGAUGAUCAAAAUGAAGAAAAUUGAGAAAGAGAAUGAAGGAGGUGGAGGGGAGAGAAAAUCCGAAAAAGAUCAGAGCUGGAUCCCAAAGAUGAUUAAAAAGAGAGUGUGCACCACCUUUGUGGAGAACUCAUCCAGUAAUGGGGUUUUGUGCCAGUGUGGUGGAGCACAGGAACUUCACGCAUCCAUAACGGCUGGUGAUCAUGUGAUCAGCCAGUGGGACAGUGAACAACACACCUCUGAAUACCCCACUGAUGCCUUUGGACAGCUGGAGUUUGCUGGAGCUGGACGCAGAAACAGUCCAUUUCUGCGUCUGGCACAUGAUACACCUCCGGACAAUGUGUACUCACUGAUGACGUCACAGUGGGGCCUGUCGGUACCCAAUCUGGUGGUGUCUGUGGUGGGGGGAGAGGGGAAAGAGAAGGUGAAACCUUGGGUGCGAGAAGUGAUCAGACAGGGUCUUGUCCGGGCCGCACAGAGCACAGGGGCUUGGAUCAUGACAUCAGGUCUGAGGAAGGGUGUUGGCCGUUGUGUAGGUGAGGCAGUAAGGGAUCAUUGUGCAACAGCUUCAUCUCUUUCCCAGGCCAAAGUUAUAGCUGUUGGUGUUGCACCCUGGGGCUUGAUUUACCAACGUCAGCAACUCGUAAACCCACAGGGUAGUUUCCCAGCGCGGUACUAUGUGCACAACAUGCCCCGUGAAUCCAGCUGCCUGGACAACAACCACCAGGCCUUCCUCUUGGUGGAUGAUGGAAGUGUAGGACACAGAGGUAGUGAAACAAUGUUCAGAGCCAACCUGGAAAACUUCAUCUCCCAUCAGCGCACUGGCAUCUGGGGUAGUGGAAGCAUUGAGAUUCCUGUUUUGUGUGUGCUGAUCGCAGGAGAUGCUGCAAUGCUUGAGAGAGUGGAUUUAUCUCUGAAAAAUACCACUCCAUGGUUGGUGCUGGCAGGGUCGGGUCCAGCGGCAGACCUGAUAGCAGCAAUACUGAAGGAUCUCAGCAUACCUCUGAGUCCACCAGUGAGUCCCACUUUGCCGACCGCUUCCGAGGAAAGCAGGAAAAGAGCCAGUGUUGAGCUCAGGGACCGAAUGAGAGAGAAAAUUAACAAACAUUUCCCUUCUGAGACUGAACUGGAGAAGCUUGUGGAACAGGCACUUAGUAUCUAUCACAACAGAGAUCUGAUCACCGUGUUACAUGGAGACCAGGAAGGGCAAGAUGACUUCGACAGAAUCAUCCUUAAAGCUCUUGUAAGAGCUGCUAAACGGGAUGCGAAUGAUGCUAGCGAGUACACUGAAGAGCUGAAGCUGGCAGUGGCCUGGGACAGAGUGGAUAUCGCCAAGAGUGAACUCUUUAACGGUGACAUCCAGUGGAGGUAUGAAGACCUGGAGGUAUCAAUGACUGAUGCGCUGGUGAACGACAAGCCCCAUUUUGUGCGUCUGUUUGUGGAAAGCGGCUUGAACAUACUGGACUAUCUGACGUACCAUCGUUUAGAGAGUCUUUACAGCUCACUGUCAGACUGCAAUCUGGUGUCCUCAUUCCUCCAGAGGAGGCUGCAGGAGCGAGUGGGCUUAGCUGCCUCUCAGACCCGCUUAACUUUACCAGAUGAGAAUUCUUCUUUCAAGAGCCACGCCACCACCCUCACCACCCCAUCUGCUGCUCGAGACCUCACUCUAUAUGAGGUUUCACGGGUGUUAUCAGAAAUCAUGGAAGAUGUCUGUCAGCCAUUUUACUACGCUCCUCUUGGAGUAGAACAGGGAUGGGCCUCAAGGAAAGCAAUGAAGCAUGUGAAUAUGUUGCUGCGAACUGAGAGUGUGUACCGGAAACAGCGCUGUAUGUCUCCCUGGAUAGCUCUGUUCAUCUGGGCCAUUCUUCAGAAUCGCAGAGAAAUGUCUGUCUACUUCUGGAAAAUGGCGGGGGAGUCGGUGCUAAGUGCUCUUGCCGGAUGUAAGAUAUUAAGAGAGCUCUCCAAGUUGGAGACAGAGACUGAGACCAAGCUCUCAAUGAAAGAACUUGCUCAAACCUUUGAGAAUCUGGCUCAUGAUGUGUUCAGUGAGUGUUACCAGAGCAAUGAGAGCCGCUCUUUCAAGCUUCUCAUCAGGCAGUCACCUGUAUGGGGUGGCGCCACCUGUCUGCAGAUGGCCACAGCGGCUGACGCUCGCCUCUUCUUCAGCCAUGAUGGAGUGCAGAAUUUACUGUCAGAGAUAUGGUGGGGGGACAUGGACAGCAAUACAGAAGUGUGGAAACUGGUCCUCUCAUUUUUCCUGCCUCCCUUUAUCUACACCAACCUCAUCAGUUUCAAGGAACAGGAGAAAGAUGAAAAGCCAGAGGAAUUUCAUCAGGGUAAAGAAUUUGACAGCGUCGAUGGAGCCGAGUCAUUGGCUGAUGGCAUAAACACGGAGGAAGAUGUGGAGGAAUGUAAUGCUCUAAGAGGAAAACCGGAAGCAUCAAAGGCUAUCACUCAAAAACGGCCUUUUAUAUUGAACCGAUGGCGGCAGUUCUGGUUUGCACCGGUCACUUCGUUUCUAGGCAAUGUGUUGAUGUACUUCCUCUUCCUUUUCCUGUUUGCUUACAUCCUAUUGGUUGACUUCAAGCCCCCGCCUCCCAACGGACCCGCCCCCUCAGAGCUUGUGUUGUAUUUCUGGGUUUUUACUCUGGUCUGUGAGGAGAUUCGACAGACUUUUUUUGUAGGAUCUACCACUGUAAUUCAAAGGAUGAAGUUGUACAUCCAAGACAUCUGGAACAAGUGCGACAUCACGGCCCUCACGCUCUUUAUUCUUGGGCUUCUCUGCAGAAUGUUUCCGUGGACAUAUAAUUUCGGACGUGCAGUACUGUGUGUCGACUAUAUGGUCUUCACGCUCAGACUCAUUCAUAUAUUUGCAGUUCACAAACAACUUGGUCCCAAAAUAAUCAUAGUUGGCAAAAUGGUGAAAGAUGUGUUUUUCUUCCUGUUCUUCCUGGGGGUGUGGCUAAUGGCAUAUGGAGUAGCCAAUCAGGCACUGCUGUACUCCUACGACUCUCGUCCUGGUUGGAUAAUUCGGCGCGUGUUCUACAGGCCAUACAUGCACAUAUAUGGGCAGAUACCACUGGAUGAAAUUGAUGCUGACAAGCGACAUGAGAAAGUGUGUACAGACAACGUCACGCUCAUCCAUCAGGGGGCGGAGCCAUGCCCACAGUCUGAUGCUAACUGGCUGGUUCUUAUUCUGCUGUCAAUCUACUUGUUGGUCACCAAUAUUCUGUUGGUGAACUUGCUCAUUGCAAUGUUCAGUUACACAUUCAAUAAAGUUCAGGAGCACAGCGAUGUGCACUGGAAGUUCCAGCGCUACAACCUGAUCGCGGAGUACCACUCGCGCCCCUGCCUUUCCCCGCCCUUCAUCAUCAUCUCCCACCUCCAUAUCUUCUUCAAAAGAGUAAUUCAGAGAUUGCCCUCCAAUAAGAACCAACACUUUAUGUUGGACCUGAAAAGCAAAGAGGCCAGUUUGCUGAACAUGUGGGAAUCGACGCUGAAGGAGAACCUGCUUUCCAUGCAGGGCAAGAAACAAAGAGAGUGUGACACGGAGCGGCUAAAACGCACCUCCACAAAGGUGGACAGCGUCCUGAAGCAGAUGUCGGAGAUUCGCGAUCACGAUCGUAGGUUGAGAAAGCUGGAGUUGGAGGUGCAGUAUUGCUCUACUGCCCUCUCCUGGAUAGUGGAGGCACUGUCUCAGAGUGAUGUUGUAAAGCAGACACGUCCACCUCCUCUUCCUUCCAAAGGUAUUGCUUCUAAACGGCCCACGUUUUCCUGAUGAAAAUUAUGCUGAUAAUGCAGAUAUGCAAACGUGUGCAUAUUAUGAACUUAUUUUUGUAUGAUACUUUGUGCCAUUUCAGCUUAUUGACAUGUUAUAUGUCAAGAACAUGUUGUUUGUAUCAGAUUUUUAACAUUGCAUCAGGAAGAAAAAUUAAAUAUAAUGUUUUCAUUUAACAAGUAUAGUCCAUGUUUCACAUAUAUGAGUUGAUUUACCCCAGGGACAGGAAAGGCACAGCAUAAUGAUAAUAACCACCCAGGAGAGCUCAUCAAAACUGUAAUAGAAUCUUGUGGGUCACUUUUAAUCAUUGGUCAUUUGUUUCUUACCAAUAUUUAUGCUUUGUCUUGUAAACGCUACAAAAGAAUUUAUAAGUGAAUGGCAAUAAUCAAUGCAAUCUUCCACAAUUACACUGUGAUAAUAUUCGUAUUGUGUCUGUUGCUGACUAUUAGAAAUCAUUUUAUUUUCUGUGAUCGUAAUUGAUCACAUUUUUUACAAACCUGUUUUUUUAUGGGGUUUUUUUAGUUACUGAUUUAAAAUGGCGUUAAUGUACCAAUUAAACUUAAAUUUGCUUUUA